GCAAAUGUGACCGAGGUAUUACAGUGCAUACUAAAAACAAAAGGUCACCACUGAGGUAUAUUGGGUUGUAGUAGGGCAUACUAUUAUAAGAUUUAUGUCUAUAUGAUAGCUGCCCACAAAAAGAUCACUAGACUCCCUCGCCUUGCCUGAGGUAAUUCUGCCUAGGCAAAAUUAAUCUCUAGGGAUUAUAGCAUAUUGUUUGAAUUUGUUGAAAUUCAACACAAUGGUAUUCUAGUAAAGAAAAAAAAGUUGUGCUUUGAGUUAGGCCAAUAUUUCACUUUUUGAAGUUCUUUUUACACACAGUCCACUGUGUGUCUUUGUAAUAGUUGCCUCCCCCCAAAACCCCCACUAGACCUAUGUAGUCUGUAGGCACAGACCCUGAUUGAGACUUAAUUCAACAAGUGGGUCUUCACCCAAGACUAGCAUGUAUAAAACUUGCUGUUUGGACCUUCUGUACCCAAGUCAUUGUAGACUAUGCAUUCAGUCCUCUUCAUUCAAGUGAAGGGUUUGCACAGCAGACAGUACUUCAUGAUGCCCUAGCUGCCCGUAGUCUAUACAUAGUGUCAAAUGCUGUCCUGUUUUCAGCUUGAACCGUCGGCUUUUUGACGAGAGGUGAGGUGUCGGAGGUGAUAGCCAUGUUUCUUGUGGGUUUGACCGGAGGCAUAGCAUCGGGGAAGAGCACCGUCUCCAACAUGCUUAGGGAUCUGGGUUGUGUCAUCAUCGAUGCUGAUAAAAUCGCCAGAGAAGUUGUGGAACCAGGUAGACCUGCUUUGGAGCUGAUUGUCCGUCACUUUGGCAAGUCCGUUCUUCAAGGAGAUGGAACUCUGGACAGGGCUAAGCUUGGAUCGAUCAUAUUCGCUGAUUCAGAGAAGCGGAAGGUACUGAACCGCUGCACCCAUCCAUACAUACAACGGACUAUGCUCUGGAGAGUACUCAAAAGCUUUUUGUCUGGAUACCAUUAUGUCAUAUUGGAUAUCCCUCUUCUCCUGGAUGGAAGUGCUCUCAGAAGGUUCAUCAAAUAUGUCCUGGUAGUUUAUUGUGAUGAAAAAACUCAGCUCGAUCGUCUUAUGGCUCGCAAUGAUCUCACACAAGAGGGCGCCCUUCAAAGAAUCAGCUCACAGGUACCACUAGAAAUGAAGAAGAAACAAGCUGACUUUGUGAUCGAUAACGACAAGAGUUUGAAUGACACAAAACAGCAAGUUCUCAGACUCUAUGAGAAAUUAGAGGGAUCUUAUGCUCAUUGGAAACUGAGAAUAUUACUUAUGGGGAGUAUAGCGUUGCUUCUUGGGGGCUGUUCGUACUUGGUCCAUUCCUUGUUAUGAUCAUUGGGGGAUUUAAUGCAUAAGUUUGGACAAUAUACAAUUAAAUAUUUCAAUUGAAAUUUAGUUUCUGGAACUUGGGAAUGCGAAUGGUCUAUUUUUAUAAGCUUUGAUAAUGAUAAGUUUAUGUUCUCGAUAGAUUUAAGAGGAAUGGAAGAGAAUUGAAGACUGUUUAAAAGUUCAUGUAACCAUGCUUCAGUAUUUUCGGCUUUUCAGUGGUCCUUUUAGUAUGAAAUAUA